AUGUUCAAAAAUUGUGCCAAUGGAGUAAGUGGAUCCUGUAUAACCUGAAGUGUAUAUUUGAUUGAUAUCAGUGAAACGGUUUUUAAUAAAUUUUCAUUUUUAGGAAGGCGCUGUUAUAACUGUUGGAGAAGAACUUGAAGAAACCUUAGACAUCUAUCUUUAUAUGUUCUAUUUUUCUUUAGAAGAUGAAAAAUUUGCUCAGAUUCAUACACAAAGUAAAUAUUUUGUAUUGUAUAAUUGUUUAUAUUACAAGUUAAGAGAUCUCGACAAUGUAGGUUAA